AUGAAGUUCACCUCUAUCCUCGCUGCUGUUGCCAUCUUCGCUGCCACCGCCCAAGCUGCUCCCUGGGGUCCCGGAUGGCAAAAGGCCCAUGCCCAUGACAAGGGUGUCUCCCACCCUGCUCCUCCUCCAGUUCACCACUCUCCUCCUCCUCCCGUCCACCAUGAGCCUGAGCACCACGAGCCCGAGCACCACGAGCCCGAGCACCACGAGUCCAAGCACCACGACUCCAAGCAGUCCGUCAAGGAUGUCGGAAAUGAGGGUAAUGUCAGCGGUGCACUCAACAACUUCUUCAAGGGUGGUAUUGCCAGCGACAACAGUGUCAAGAACAGUGUCUCCCAGAACUCUGGCCACUAA